CUUGCGAACGGUGGGAGUCUGAUCAUCUUCAGCGAGUGCGCUGUUCCAGGUCAAGGACACGAUCUAUCAGUAGACAUUUGGGCAAUCGGCAUGCUCACGUUACAACUAUUUCUAGGGUACCAAGAACUUCCAAACCUUGACUCGACUGUCUUCAGAAACCAGAGGGAUGUCGACAGGUAUCUAGGGCUGAUAUUCACUUCCCUUGAGCCCCGAGGCAGGAUAUCCGACGCCGCCCAACGCUUCGUUUGCGGAUGCCUAGCCUACGACAGCGGCAAGAGGCCAACGGCGCGCCAGGCGUUCUAUCACGACUGGCUACAGAGCCCGGCAAGCGACAGGAGGACGUUCAAGCGGUUGGAGGCUGCCAAUGUUCUCUCGUGGAGGCCCCAACGAGUCAAAUAUCCGGUAAUUGAGAACCUCACCAACAAGGUAUGCGGCCGAGACUGUCGCGACCACCCGAAUCGCGUCAAGGAGGGGAACAACAACGAAGUUUCACCGCACUUCAUGACCUCUGUGCCAUCCGGGGAAGACGUUCGUAAGGAAGACAAAAAGGAUGACGAAAGCAUGCGAGCACAUGGCGGAGGAGGCCCGACGGCUUGGUGACCAGAGAAGAUUUUGACCAGAAUGGGAAGCACAUGGUGUCCAACCCAAGGGGCUGAGGUGGCCCAUGCAUAUUCUGCAUUGCUGCUCUUCUGUCAUGAGGACUGGUUAAAGGAUUAAGAGUAUCG